AUGGACUCUACACGUCCACAACCGUCUGAGACCGUUCGGGCUCUGCUCGCUGCAGGCACCGACUACACCAACUUUACUACUACGCCGACGUCCCAGAUCACUCAGAUCACAGACGUCCCUGAUACGUAUCAACUCCACAAGCUUGAGAACCCUCUCUCCGAUCCAGAGCAGUUCGACGUUUGGUUCGACGCCUGCACCUCCAUCCUUCGUCAGAAGGGCAUGCAUAACCUUCUGGACAUCAAAGUUCCACGACCCCAGACUUCCGACAAGGAUAACGCGAAGAAAUGGGUCAAGUCCUCUCGUGACGUACAGUCUUGGCUUGUCAUCAACAUGACGAAUGAGAUGUACCAGCUCAUCAAAGCACAAGGAUUCCAGAUCCAAUUUGCAGACGAAUUCAUCCACAACGCGAAGGCCGUAUUCCAGAUCCAGGGUGUACGUGCCGCACGCCAGCUGAUUGACAAUACUCUGUUCAUCAAACGAUCUGACUAUGGAUCUGCCGUUCAGUUCGUGAAGGAUCUUCGCACUCGCGCUUCGCAGUGCACCCAGAGAAAUCUGGGAAUGCCUGCAUUUUUCCUGGCCCACAUUCUCCUGAAGGGCAUCAAGGACGACAUCCCACAGUUCGUGGAAACCAAGCUCUCCAACAUGGACGACACCGUGUCCGACGUCAAUACCUUCACGAUCAACAACUUUAUCAAUCUUUGCAACGACAUUCUUCGGACGCUUGCAUACACCGACUCGAACCUUCAGAUGGCCACCGUACGUGCCACCCCGACCAGCUCUUCCUACCAGACCCAGAACCAACCCCGCGACAAGAACGCUCCGUCUCGUGGUACCAAACCCUACGAAUGGGCCAAAUCCUGGAUUGGCAGCCCUAACCAGACUACCACAACUGGCAAUUGUACGUUCUGUGGUGGGAAGAAUCAUGGUCCAAAGUCUUGUUUCCAUCUUGUGCCAGAAGUCAGACCUGAGAACUGGAAGUCGCCAGCAGGCGUCUGGGUAUACGGCCCAUGGAAGAACAAGACCUGCCCAACUGGCCCCAUGCCUCCAAACUUCUGGAAUACAUACAGAAAUUCCCCGAAGCCAGCGACGUCCCAGCCAGCGACACUGACGUCGUCCGUCAAUGACUAUCAGCCCAAGACAAAUACGGAACCAGUUGUUUCGAAUUCCAAAACCCAGGAAAACCCGACGGUGGUUUCAGCUAUUGAACAGAACUCUUACCACUACAACAUCACUGGCCUAGCCAUCGCUGUGACAGCUACUACCGACGACGGUCUGUAUUCGUCCACACAGAUUGAGAACCAUACGAAGAAGGAAUGGAUCAUUGAUUCCGGAGCUUCCCGCCACAUCUGCAUUGAUGAGGAGGCUCUCGUUGACUACACCCCAUACCAACCGCAUGAAAUUCCCUACACAUGGUCUACAUCUGACGGCCGGAAGGCAACUGCUGAAGGGUAUGCCAAAGCCCGCAUCAACAUGGCCCUACCCGACGGUUCGACUAACGAAAUCAUUGUCAACUGCGUCUACAUGCCAGAUGGUUUCUACAACCUGUUCUCUACGACCACCGCGAUGGAAGAUCAUGGUAUUGGAUGGCUCGAUUGGAAAAACACUCUUCAUGACCUCCACAACAAUGAUACAGUAUGUGGGUAUGCGGUACGGAAGAAUCGUGUGCCAUUCAUGCAAACCACAGAUCUCACCCCUGUCUCUACCCCCAACGAAUUCCAGGCUUCCAUCAUGGCAUCAGCCAUCACCCCUGAGCUAGCCCACCGUCGACUCGCACACGCUGGCCAGCCUAAGCGAAAGGUUAACCAGAAUCUUCUCUGUGAAGAGAUAGACGGCCCGGACAACUUCGACUGCGAAGCAUGCCGACUUGGGAAGUCCCGCCAGAUCAUCUCUCACCAGCCACAAAAUAGGGCAACCAGACCAUUCGAAUUCAUUCACAUUGACCUACAAUCAUGCUCUCCCAUUGGAAUUGAGGGUAUGCGCUAUGUGCUCGUCAUCACAGACGAUGCCACACGCUGCCGUUUUGUGAUCUUCCUCAAAUCGAAAGACCAGGCUUCUGACGCCCUGAUCAGCUGGACAACCCAGGUCCACAAUGCCUCCACUACAGGCCACUGGCCAGCUGAAUGGCGCCUAGACGGCGGCACUGAAUUCAACAACUUCCGCACCUGGGCCCAGACUACCGGCCAACGUUGCGAGCCAAGCGUUCCGUACGGACAGAGCCAGAAUGGUGUCUCUGAAUACACUGGUUUUCUCCUGAUGCAAAUCGGACGCACCCUCAUGAUCGAAUCGAAAGCACCAGAGUUCUUAUGGCCUGAAGCCGUGAAUGCCGGCACCUACAUCCUUAACCGAAUCCGCCAACCUGGGGAAGACGAGUCCCCUACCGAAAAGUGGUGCAAAGGACUUGGGCUUCGCACACAGGGUCCACGAUCUCUCCAGUUUCUACGCACCUGGUUUUCAAAGGCCUACGUCCACAUUCCGCAUGAGAAGCGCGUCAAAUCUCGCAAGAUGGAACCACGGGCAUGGAUCGGCCACCUCGUCGGAUAUGAAGGUGAAAACGGCCACAUCUACCGCAUUUAUGAUCCUAAAACCAAGAAGGUAGUCCGUCGACGCGACGUCAUAUUCUGGGAGGAGGAUCUGCCUACAACAGACAUAUCCAACCAGCCGAUCACGAUACCCGCUGCCAUUCCGCAAUUGCCUCAAGAACCUUCCGAUUUUCAGACUCAGGAGACGCUUGUUGUGGACCAACGAACAGACACCUCGACAGUUACCACGCAUCCCCAAACCGCUGAGAAAUCUACCCAAGUGUCUAUCGCCCGUCCAAAGAAGGUUACAAUUCGACAAGCCUCCCGUCCCCAGUCUUUACCACAUCGACCGCCUCUACAGAGCCAGCGAACUCCUAUUGAACCGCGACAGCUACAUCAAGCUACCACAUCACGUUCUCCUUCAGAUCAGGCAGCACCUUCACUUUCCCCUACAUAUCAAGCUGGCCCGUCACUUUCUCCUACGUUUUCUGAGCAACCAACCAUUAUCCAGUCUAUUGAACGUACGGCCACUCCGACGAGGGAAUCGACAGCGAUAGAGGACAACUCUCCACCGGCUGCCCCGACCACAGUCCGCCUGACGAGGCACACGUUCGAUUUCACCUCUCUUCCACAAAUGAAACCAUUACAACAGCCGCGUUCUCAGGCUGAAUUGUUGAAGCCGUUUGGGUCUAUCCGACCCCCUCACCGCGAGGCACUCUUUGAGAAGAACCUCCAAGAUUCCUUACGUGGAGAAAGCACUGAAACAGGAGCCUCAGACCACUUUCAAACUACAGAACCAACUCCUGACCAUGAGCCCUUACUAGAUCAUCAGUCCCGACAGGUCUCGUCCGAAGACCCUCUCAACGAACCCGUGAUGCAUCCCACCAUCCCACCGACGAUCAUCCACCCUUCCCUACCUUCCCAACCGUCGAAUCCACCUCCACCACGACGAUCAAGCAGAAGAACGAAAGGAAAGAUGCCAGAGAGAUACGGACUGCCUGUGUAUUGGAACAAACACAACCAUGAGCUUCAGGGGGGUGAACCCAUCGACUUAACUGAAGACACACCACCGCCAGGCCACGCUUUGAUUUCUAUGGACCAACGAUUGAAAUCCUUUGAAAUCCGCAUUCCCACAAACCACACUGAAGCCAUGGCCUCUCCGCAGUCAGAAUUUUGGAAGCAGGCUAUGACCAACCAGGUCACCAAGUUGCAAGCUGCUAAGGCCUGGGAAAUGGUUCCUAAGCCGCCAAAAGCCCAAAUUCUACCCGGCAAAUGGGUCUAUGAUACGAAGGUCGAUCAGGAUAGCUACAUCACAGAAUUUCGUGCCCGUUGGGUAGUCUGUGGGAACUUCCAAAAGCCAGGUCGCGAAAUCGACGACAAAUAUGCUCCCGUUGCCACAGCACAAGCUGUUAAUCUUUUCUUCACCUGUGCGGCUAGCAAGAACUGGCCGAUCGUCCAACGAGAUGUGGUAACCGCCUACCUAAAUGCAGCGAUUGGGAAUCGUGCUGUAUUCGUCGUCCAACCUAAAGGAUUUGAACAGGCUGGAAUCAAUGGAGAAGUCCUAGUCUGCCAACUGCUCCAAGCUCUGUACGGACUACGGCAAUCCGCAAUGCUUUGGCAUUCCACCUUCACCAACGAAUUGAAAAAUCAUGGUUUCGUGACGUGCGACGACGACGUCUGCGUUUUCCGAAAGCAACUUGACGAUGGUUCCUACAUGCUCCUAUUGAUCUACGUUGACGAUACCCUCGCUACAGCACACACGGAGGAAAUCAUUCAUGAAUUCUUCAACAGCCUAUCUUUCAAGCUGAAAGAGCUGGAUUUCAACCGUUUCUUGGGCUGCUCGGUAACAAGAACUAACAAGGCCAUCAUCGUCACACAGAAACCCUACAUCGUUGACCUCAUCGAAAGCACCGCCAUGACAAAUGCCUCCCCCGUUCCUACUCCAAUGAUCAAUAACUACAAAUCCCCUCCGACGUCUGAUACUCUUGAUCCCACUCCCAAUCCUCUCGAUCCCGCUCCUAACCCUCCCCCUGAUCACGAUGGAUAUGCAAGUGGUGGGAAGCUUGGGUACGCAACAGACGUUGGAAGAUUGCAAUGGCUGUCCCUCAAGACGCGCCCAGAUAUUGCAUUCGCCGUCAACAAACUACAGAGACAGACGUCCGCCCCUAGAGAAGUCGAUUAUCAUGCUGUUAAACGACUAAUCAAAUACCUCCAUGGAACGCCUGAUUUAGGCAUUGCCUUUGGAACUGAACCUACUAUGGAACUCCAGGGUUUUGUCGAUGCAUCAUUCGCUGACACAGAGGACAGUAAGUCGACAGAAUCAUACGUUUUCUUCAUAGCCGGAGCACCCAUAUCAUGGGCCUCACAUCGCCAGCCUACCGUUGCCCCGUCAUCCACGGUUGCAGAAUAUUACGCCAUGGACUCUGCGGUCAAAGAAGCUCUAUUCCUCAAGAAGCUCACCGCAUUUUUUGGACUCCGGAAUCAUGACCAACCAAUCAUCAUCUACACAGACAGUGAUAACGCCCUCACCCUGAUUCAGAAGAAAGGAUAUUCGCCCUCUACACGGUGGAUGGCAACGAAAUAUCACUUUGUCAAAGAGACAGUGGAAGAGGGACACAUCAAAUUCGUCCUCAUCCCCAGCGCCAACAAUACGGCCGAUGGACUGACGAAGCCCCUGACCACAGACGCAUUUCUACGAUUCAGAGAUCACCAACUUAGGCUUGUGAAUAGCCUCAAAAGUAUUCUGACUGACGCCACCUGA